AUGCCGGAGCUGCUGCACCCACGGGACGAUGCCCUGCUGAUGUGCGAGGCGGCGUGCGCUGCCGUCGCUGCUCUCUCCUGCAGUGGGACUCUCAGCUGCCUGCCGUACCCUGCCGAGGACAGACGUCCCGAAAAGCUGAGCGGCCGUGCGGUCAAGGAGGCUUCUGCCACGAACGGCUGUGCCAAAGGGAAGGAGAGACGAGACCAUGCUCGCCGCAGGUCACACAGCCCCUCAUGCAAUGAGGAGCGUGUGCCACCGCCGGCCCGCGGGAAGAAGAAGAAGAAAUCCGGCCGCAAGAAGCGAAGGAGGUCUCCCUCCUACAGCCCCUCACCUGUGAAGAAGAAGAAGAAGAAAAGCUCCAAGAAGCGAAAGAGAAACAGGUUAUCUUCAAAGAAGAGAAGACACAGUUCUUCAAGCCCCAAAAGUAAGAGAAAGGAAGAAAGAAAACACAAAAAACACUCCCGUGGGCGCACCCGGAAAUCUCAUCGCCAUCGCCACCGCCACUCUCGCUCAGAGAGCUCUGACUCCCACUCCCCCAGCUGCCGAAGCAGGCACAGAGCCAGAUCUCGGGAGGAAGGGCAUAAAACACGGCGAAGACGCUCCCGGCACCAUUCAAAGAUCACAGCGAAGCGAAGCUCCUCUGCAGAGGUUCAGGCCAGCCAAAAAGCCAGUCAAACCCUCCCGUUCUACAGCUUCCUGUCUCCUAAGGAAGUAAUCUCUCAGUCAGGGUCUUCUGCUGACCUCUUUACCAAAACAGACAGCCCGCCUGGCAACCUAGCCAGACAGAACGGAGAGUAUCAUGAAUAUGACUCAGGAAACGAUACUUCCUCCCCUCCCUCCACUCAAACGAGCUCAUCCAGGUCAAAGGACAGCCAGGAGAAAAGAAGUCUAGUCCAUGAUGGCUUUGGCCAUGCCUUCUCGUCCGGGAAGCCCAAACUGGCCAACAGCGAUAACAGCUCUGAUUCAGGAAAUUCCUUCACCAGUUGCUUUUCCCAGACCAAGGGAACAGCUUUGGAAAAUCUGUCUCCAGAUGCCCAGGGACAAGACCGAAGAGGGUGCCUGUCGUUGUGCCUCAGCUGUUCGGAGGAGAAGAAGCGAAACUUCCUCCCUUCCCCAACCCACAGCUCCCCGCUGAGGCCGUGCUCCCGCAGCGAGUCCUACACCAGCACGGGCAGAUCCUCCCCCAGCUCCAGCCGCUCCCGCUCCUCACACCGCAAGGCCUCUCCCAGGUACUCCCGAAGCAGGUCCUGCUCUUCAGGAAAGAGGUCUUCUUCACGUUCCCCCAGCUAUUCCUCCAAAUCCUGCAAAAAAAGUCCUGGGAGCCGGAGUUCAAGGCCUCGUCGGAGCCCCAGUUACUCCCGCUACAGCCCAAGCAGAGACCGUGAGCACAAGUACAGCUCCAGUGAGAAGGAGUCGCACAGGGAGCGUGAGCGGCAGCGGCGGCGGCGCUCGUAUUCCCCCCUAAGGAAACGCAGGAGAGACUCUCCCAGCCACCUCGAAGCUCGGCGCAUCACAAGUGCCCGCAAACGUCCCAUCCCCUACUACCGUCCCAGUCCCUCCUCUUCCAGCAGCGCCAGCAGCUAUUCCUCCUGGUACAGCAGCUUUAGCCGCUCCCUGAGCCGGAGCCGGAGCUACUCCAGAACCAGGUCUAGGACCUCACGGAGGUGA